CAGUGUGAGUGAGACUUAGAAGGAGUAAGGACCCAGACAAUGUACAGAGACUUUUCUGGGACCUACCCUCAUCAGGAUCUAGGGUGCAGCACAAGCAGUCACAGCCCCCGGACUUCAGACACUGGAACACAUUUAGGAGCGAUAGAUAUGGGACACGGUACGAGAUCAAGUCAUCUCACCGAUGCACAACAGAAAUACCCAAAUCAUACCUCUUCCAGUCCCUUUAUCCCAACAAUAAAUGCGAUUACAUCAAGUCAAGACCUAAACUGGAUGAUCCAGCCAAAUGUGCGAAGCCUAGCCUUACCUCCCUAUCACAGUCCUCGACAUGGAGUUAUCAGGAGUAUGCCGGGACCCUUGAAUAUGAGCCGAAGGAGACAUGGUGAACAUAUAUCACAUGAAGAAGAGGAAAGAAGAAGAGUGCGUAGAGAAAGGAAUAAGAUUGCUGCUGCAAAGUGUCGGAAUCGUCGGAAAGAACUGACAGACUAUCUUCAGGCGGAAACAGAUAAACUUGAAGAGGAAAAGUCAUCUAUCCAGAAAGAGAUUGCCGAGCUCCAGAAACAGAAAGACAAGCUAGAACUAAUUCUUGAUGCCCAUCAACCUAUCUGUAAGAUUCAACAUUCUGACCACCAUGAACGGAAAGUGGCAUCUCCUAGGACUGUUAAAGAAGAACCACAUGAAGAACUAGCCCGGGGUCCAAAAGUCAAUCUGCCUAGGAUAGAGCUGAGUGAAACUCUUUUGGAACCUGAAGCACUUCACACACCAACUUUGAUGAAGACACCAUCUGUCACCCCUUUCACUCCAACAUUAGUUUUCACCUAUCCUGGUCCACAAGAAUCCUGUUCAACCGCUCAUCGCAGGCUUAGCAGCAGCAGUAGCAAUAGUAGUGGGGAACAGAGUAAUGGGUCCCUUGAUUCUCCUACCCUAUUGACUCUUUAAAAUGAACAUGGAGAGGAUGUUAUCACAAUGAGUGCUUACUAGAUCAUGAUUGAAUUGCCAGGUUUUAAACUUUUAUAGAUCCCCUUUUGAGGAUUAUGUACACUUGUUUGUAUGGCAUGUUAUCACUUACUCUGUAAGGGUUCCUAUCACUUCCCCAAUCAGAAAUCACAAGUGCUUUUAUAUGAGGAUUUCCAGUUAGUUGCAUGACCUCUGUAUAAGGCUGGAAGCUAAUUCACUUCUAGAAAUGAAAAGGACUGUUUAACAGCUGUUCUAAUGCUACAGGUAUAGUCAGUGUCAGAAAAUUCAGUUCUAAGGUAUAGAUAGUAUUAAUGGCAGAGCCAAGAUUAGACUGUGUGACUAUGUUCUAGUUGCAUUGAUAAAGGUAGCGGCAGAGCCGGUAUUUAAACUGUAUAAAAUAAGUUCUAUAGUGACAGGUAAAGUCAACGGCAGAGCCAGUAUUAGACUGCAUGACAUAUUAUAGGUUUAUGGGUAAAAUUAACGGCAGAGCCGGUUUAUUCUAUAUUUAUUAAAAUAUAUUUUUUAUAUGGU